GGUGCCAAAGGGGCUUUAAAAUGCCAGAGAUCCAUAGAAGCCACACACAGAAGACACCACCGAUCCAGAGAAGUCACAACCGAUCCGUAGAGACCACAAAUAGAAGCCAUGAUUCUAGUUGCUGUUCUACCAGCAAUCCUACUGCUCUUUCUGGGACAUCCCAUCCAUGGAGAUCAGCCUGUGGAGCCGCUCAAGCGGCUAGAUAACCUUGUGACAACCAGGAUCAAAGAGAUCCUCAAAAAGGACGCCAAUUCCAGCAUAGCCGGAAUCCUCGAACGCUACAAGAAACUACAGGAGGCUGCCGACUGGCCCUUUGCACAAUUAGAUGAAAAAAUCAAAGCAUACAACAGCUACAAAUCCUAUGAGGACUCAACCACUGUCGAUUACAUCACCGAUUCGAUCGAACCGUCCAAUGUGGCUCUACGCAAAGGCAACUUGGUUCAGAAAGUUUCCCAAAGUACCAAAGAUGCCAAAAUUUUCCAAAGAAGAGUUGUGAGGAUACUCAGGCGUCUGGGGAUCUAUAAUCCAACUGGCAAGCGCGUCUGGCAGGCCAUCUUCAGUAAUGAGAAAAAUCUAAAGAAGCUUAAAAAGAAGCUAGAUGCCAUAGAUGAUUCGAAAGAAGAUGAUUCCGAUGACGAUGACAACUUGUGGGACUUUAUCUUUAGUUUCUGGUAUUAAGCUCCGAACAUUUCUACAUUGUUUUUCUUUCUGUUUGUCUCUAUAAAUAAUUAAGUUUCGUUUCAGUUUCAGAUUCAGAUUUAUUUUAAAAUAA